AUGGCGUCUCUUCCAGAUUUCGAUGAUUUGCCUCCUGUCGAGGGCAUGCCCCAAGGCUGUGCCUGGGGUGUGUUUGAUAAAAAUGGCAAGAAGGACCUUUUGGGAACCCUGAACCUGCUUACCCCCGAGGUGGUUAAGGCUGCUGCAGCCGAGGUCCGCCAAGGAGUGUCUCUUUCUCUCAAGUCAGUCACUCUUCAAUGGGAAGAAGCAUCGCUCACGCCGGAUAGUUGGCCUAUUGGAAGCAUCAAAAUCCCCCGUUUCUUUCGCAAGAGUCUCUGCCACAAUAUUAUCAAACUUGAAGAUCCAGCAUCAGGCUGUCACUUUGGAUUCGACGAUGAGGUGGGAUUCAAUACCCAAGCCAGCAGCCAGUGGGAUAGUUUCUGUCACUUCAUGCACCUCCCAACAAAUCUAUUCUACAAUGCAGCCAGACCAACAAUCGAAACCCUUCAAAAUCCCAAUUCAGCCCAGCAACUCCCAACCCUAGACCGUAAGGCAACCCAAACCGCAGUCCCCCAAUCACCAACGCCUCAAACUAACACAAACCCAGACUGGCACAAACGUGGCUGUGUAACAGGCCGCGGCAUCCUAAUCGACUUCGAACGUUACGCACGCGCGAAACAAAUUCCCUACGACAAGUUCUCCAACUUCCACAUCGGGCCAGUAGACAUCGAAGCAGUAGCGGCGCAUCAAAACGUAACCUUCAAGCCAGGCGACAUUUUACUAAUCCGAUUUGGCGUCACAGAAGCCCUCAGUCUCAUGACAGGCGAGCAACAAGCCGCUGCAUUAUCCCGCCACAGAAUGUGCGGGCUAGAAGGAAGUAAAGAGAUGGCGCGGUGGUUAUGGGAUAACCAUUUCGCAGCUGUGGCAUCGGAUAAUAUGGCCGUGGAGGCUAUGCCCUCGGUCAUUGAUGGUGUUGAACAAGCGAGUCAUGAACUGGUUUUGCAUCAGUGGUGCUUGAGUUUGUUGGGCAUUCCGCUUGGUGAACUGUGGGAACUGAAGGCGCUUGGUGAAGCUUGUGCUGUUAGUGGACAGUAUUCCUUUUUUUUGACUUCCGCGCCGUUGAAUGUCCCUGGUGCUGUUGGCAGUCCGCCGAAUGCAUUGGCUAUUUUGUGA